AUGGAGGAUUUCGCGCGUCGAUUUCGACCGAAUCUCGUCGUCGAGGACGCGGGCGACGGCGCGUUGAAACCUUUCGACGAGUUCGCGUGGUGCGGUCGAGACGUUCGCUUCGGCGAAGUCGUCGUUCGCGUCGACGAACCGACGAUUCGAUGUCCGAGCACGCGCGUCCGAUACGACGAAUCCGGCGACGCCGGCGCGAAUAUCGACGCCGGCGCCCGUCCCGACGUCGACAUUCGCGCCGCGUUUCCCGCGCUCGAGGCGUCCAUAUUCGGACGCGACCCCGUCGCGCUCGCCGACCGAGGCUCGUAUUUCGGCGUGUACGCGCGAGUCGUCGUCGGCGGCGUCAUUCGCGUCGGCGACGACGUCGCGUUGUUGCCGUGA